AUGCGCACUAAUGCGCUAGACAGAGCGGCUCAAUCUCUGUCCUCCGUGCUGAGAGAAUUGGUUACAAUCAUUGGAAAGCUCGGUGAACGGAUAAGUGCUAUAUUUGUGGUUCUGGCUGGUAAAAGCUUUUAUAUUCUGCCUUCAUUUCAAUUCAUCCUCCUGUUUUACGCAUUUGGAUCUUCCAGAUUCUUCAUUGUUGCAGUUAUACCGGUGCUGACAACAGUGACAAAUUAUAAUUGGGACAUUACAUGUGGGGAAAAGAUGGGCUGUUCACCUCUGGUCAGGAGAUCAGUGUGGUUAAUGUUGAUGUUAUUGAUGAAUGCUGUUAUGGUCUCUGUCUACAUCAUAGCUCUGGAAAAUGAGAAAGAUCGUAUCGGAUGGGCCUGUGUGAUUGGAUUUCUUCAGUUACUCUGGACAGUGUGGAUAUUUAAACGGUCAUUUGAUGAUACGGAUAUUCCCACGUUUGUUCCUGUGUAUCUGUUCGGAUCAGUUGUUCUGGUGGUACUGAACGCUGGUGCACUGAUGACUGAACUCAUACUGAAAACAGUUAAUGGUGAAGGAGCAGUGGGAGAUCUGAGGAUCGUUGUCUUUUCCUCUGAGUGUCUCUGUCUUUUACCCUGA